AUGUAAUUACAUUAUCCUCUUCCCACUUUGUAUAUAUAAAUAUAAUAAUAAGCAAACUGCUUCCUCCUGUGAAAACCCUAGCGGCACCUGCGCAUAUCCCACAUUUGUAUCCAGGAAACACCACCACUCGCCGCCAUGACAUUCAAGCGUAGGAACGGCGGUCGCAACAAGCACGGCCGAGGACACGUCAAGUUCAUCCGCUGCUCCAACUGCGGUAAAUGCUGCCCCAAGGACAAAGCAAUCAAGAGGUUUCUUGUGAGAAACAUCGUCGAGCAAGCUGCUGUGAGGGAUGUUCAGGAUUCUUGCGUCUAUGAUGGUUUAUCUAUCUUUCUGUUCCUCUUACUUUGUAUAGUUAUUUGUUAUUUAUUUGAUUAUUUAUGGAUUGAUUUAUUUGGUUUUGCAGGAUAUGUACUUCCCAAGCUGUAUGUGAAGAUGCAGUACUGUGUUUCAUGUGCCAUUCACUCCAGGGUUGUGAGGGUUCGCUCUCGCACUCAGCGCAGGAACCGUGAGCCACCACAGCGCUUCCUCAGGCGCAGGGAUGACUUGCCAAAGCCUGGACAGCCUGGACAACCUGGUCAAGGAAUUCGUCCUGCAGGGGUUGGGACUGCUGCUAGAGCUUGAUAAUUUGAUUUAUUUCCUGUCAUGCUUUGUUAUGAUACUACUAGAAUUUUGGAAGAAAUAUUUUGAAAUUUCACUCUUUGAGUAUCUAUUAACGAUUACAUAUGUUUAAGAUCUUAGAAGUUUUGGUCAAUGAAUAUGCUUUUUGAAA